GGCCGGGGGGGUCCCCAUGGGCAUAGGGGGGCGGGUGUGGGGCUGGGCCCCAUGGGGCUGCUUAUGGGGCCGGCUGUGGGUCCGGCUGUGGGGCUGGCAUGGUUCCCGCUGUUUGUUCAGCUAUAGGGUGGUCUGUAGGGCUGCCUGCGGGCCUGACUAUAGGACUGGCUGUAGGGCUGGUUAAAGGCCCAGCUGUGGGUCCAGCUAUAGGGCUGGCUGUAAGACUGGCUAUAGGACUGGCUAUAGGGCUGCCUAUAGGUCCAGCUAUAGGGCUGGCUAUAUGUCCAGCUGUGGGUCCAGCUAUAGGGCUGCCUAUAGGCCCAGCUAUAUAGGACCAUAGGACUAUAGGACUGCCUAUAGGGCUGCCUAUGGGUCCAACUAUAGGGCCAUCUAUGGGAUUGGCUAUAAGACUGGCUGUAGGACUGACUGUAGGACUGUCUAUAGGUCUAGCUGUAGGACUGGCUAUAGGGCGGGUUAUAAGUCCAGCUAUGGGGCUGCCUACAGGUCCAGCUGUGGAUCCGGCUAUAGGGCCGCCUAUAGGGCCGCCUAUAGGUCCAGCAUCGUCCCAGCCGUGGGUCCAGCCAUGGUGCGCCCCCCGAACCCCAUCCCUUUUCCCCCCACAGGUGCAGUUCUGCUGCCGGCCCCCCCCGGCACUACUCGGGGGCCGGGCCCCCCCCCGACCCCCCCCGGCGCGUCCCUGCAGGCACGGAGCCACCGUGGCCCCACGACGUCGCCGGGCGCUGCUGCGGCCGCUGCUGCUGGGGCUGGGGCUGGCGCUGCCCCUGGGCGCCGGCUGCUACCUGCGGGCUGAGCCCCCCCAGCGCCGCCGCCUGCGCCUGCUGCUGGACGGCGUGGGACGCUUCGGCAGGUCGCUGGCGGUCGGCAUGGAAAUCUCCGUGGAUUAUUGGUGGACGGCGAACGUGGUGCUGCGGGGGGUGGAGGAGGGCUCCCCGGCCUUCCAGGCGGGGAUGUCGCGGUGCCACCAGCGCGCGGCCGAGCGGCUGCUGCGGGGGGCGCUGCGCAACGGGGGGCUGUACAUCAAGCUGGGGCAGGGGCUCUGCUCCUUCAACCACCUCCUGCCCCCCGAGUACAUCGCCACCCUGCGCGUGCUGGAGGACCGCGCCCUGCAGCGAGGCCACCGGGAGGUGGACGAGCUCUUCCUGGAGGACUUCCAGACGACGGCGGCCGGCCUCUUCCAGGAGUUCGACUACGAGCCCGUGGCGGCCGCCAGCCUCGCGCAGGUUCACCGCGCCACCCUGCAGGACGGCACGCCGGUGGCCGUCAAGGUGCAGUACAUCGACCUCCGCGACCGCUUCGACGGCGACAUGCGGACGCUGCAGCUGCUGCUGCGCAUCGUGGAGUUCAUGCACCCCAGCUUCGGCUUCAGCUGGGUGCUGGAGGACCUGAAGGGGACGCUGGCGCAGGAGCUGGACUUCGAGAACGAGGGGCGGAACGCCGAGCGCUGCGCCCGCGACCUGCGCGACUUCAGCUACGUGGUGGUGCCGCGCGUGCACUGGGACAAGUGCAGCAAGCGGGUGCUGACGGCCGAUUACUGCGAGGGCUGCAAGAUCACCAACGUGGAGGGCAUCCGGCGGCAGGGCCUGGGGCUGCAGGAUGCCGCCGACAAACUGAUCCGCGUGUUCGCCGAGCAGAUCUUCUACACCGGCUUCAUCCACGCCGACCCGCACCCGGGGAACGUGCUGGUGCGGCGCGGCCCCGACGGCAAGGCGCAGCUCGUGCUGCUGGACCACGGCCUCUACGAGUUCCUCAGCGAGAGGGACCGCAGCGCGCUGUGCCAGCUGUGGCGAGCCAUCGUGCUGCGCGAUGACGCCGCCAUGAGGAGCCGCUCGGCCGAGCUGGGCGUCAAGGAUUACUUCCUCUUCUGCGAGAUCCUGAUGCAGCGCCCGCUGCACGCGGGGCAGCUGGCCCUGGCCAACGUGCUGACGCGGGAGGAGGCCGCCUACAUGCAGGAGAUGGCCGCCCACCACUUCCAGCGCAUCAUGGGCGUGCUGCGCGCCCUGCCCCGACCCAUGCUCCUCGUCUUCCGCAACAUCAACACCGUCCGCAGCAUCAACGUGGCGCUGGGGGCCCCGGUCGACCGCUACUUCCUCAUGGCCAAGAGCGCCGUGCGGAGCUGGGGCCGGCUCAGCGGGGAGCGCGCCCCCGGCCUCCGCGGCCUCCGCGCCGUCCGCGGCCUCCGUGUGGCCUGGGAGAGCCUCAAGUUCGAGGUGGCGCUCAGGCUGGAGACCCUCACCAUGAAGCUGACGGCCUCCGUCCUCCGCCUGCUGGCCUCCUGGGGGCUGCUGCCCCACAGCGAGCAGAUCUACGAGUACCUGCGGGCGUAGCGGGCGGACCCCCCCACCCGCACCCCCCCCACCCCCCCCCAAUAAACCCCUCCCCCCCGCGGAGAGGACGGCGGAGCACACGCCACGCA